GGUUACUUUGUGUCUGGAUUCCAGGAGGUGAAACAAUGUGGAGCCAAGUGAUCGGGGCAAUUGGCUCCAUUCUGAGGUCGUUGCUUGACUUCAUUUUGAACCUGUUUCAGCUUAAAGUUAAGGGUCCGCCAAUCACACUUGAGGAUCCAAAUACCAAGUAUCCGCUGAGGUUGAUUGAUAAGGAGGUUGUUUCCCGUGACACUCGGAGAUUCCGCUUUGCCCUCCCUUCUCCAGAUCAUGUCUUGGGCCUCCCAGUUGGGCAACAUAUCUAUUUAUCAGCAAAGAUUAAUGGAGAACUUGUGGUCAGGCCAUACACCCCCGUCUCCAGUGACGAUGAUAAAGGCUACGUGGAUUUGGUGGUCAAGAUUUAUUUUAAAGGUGUUCACCCCAAGUUCCCUGAAGGGGGUAAGAUGUCCCAGUACCUGGAGAGUUUGAGAAUGCAAGAUGUGAUCGAUUUCAGAGGGCCCAGUGGCUUGCUUGUCUACAAGGGGAAAGGUCAGUUUGCCAUUCGUCCUGAUAAAAAAUCUGAGGCCAAAGUUCAAGUGGUUAAACAAGUGGGAAUGAUUGCUGGCGGAACUGGUAUCACUCCCAUGCUGCAACUGAUCAGGGCGAUCGUGAAGGAUCCAGAAGAUCAGACGAUCUGUCACCUGUUGUUUGCCAACCAGACUGAGAAAGACAUUCUCUUGCAGUCCGAGUUGGAGGAAAUCGAAGCCGAGCACCCUCACCGUGUUAUAAUAUGGUACACCUUGGACAGAGCUCCUGAAGGCUGGAAAUACAGUGAGGGAUUUGUGAAUGAGCAGAUGAUUAAGGAACACCUUCCCCCAGCUGCCGACGAUGUGCUUAUUCUGCUGUGUGGUCCUCCACCAAUGAUACAGUUUGCAUGCAACCCAAACCUUGACAAGCUGGGUUAUAGUCAGAGUUCUCGGUUUGUGUACUGAGUGAGAGAAAGUCUGGCUUAUCCAAUACAAACAUACAGAAGUGUAAGGAAAGAUUAACAGUCAGGAUUCCUUUUCAUCUAGGACCCCACUUUACGCAAGAUACCUAAUUGAUCUUAAAUGGAGUUGUAUCGUGCCAACAUUAUGCUCUAUAUUACAGCUGUAAAACUGUGCUUUUGAAUAAUGAGGCAGCCAUGUGGUAAAAUGUCCUUUGACCUGCUCCUACCCCUUUACUGCAACUUAGUGGAACAGUUUUGGACACCGUUCUGGCAUAGGUGCACUGAAUAGGAGCAUUUCUGAACAAAUCUGGUGCCUUGCUUUUGCUCUGAGCUUGAGGUGUUUUGACUUUUGCAUGUCAUUUAUACUUGCAAUGCCACAGCAAUGAAGCAGAAUGGGUGACAUGGGUGACAUUUAAAGGGGGUAGAGUUCUGGAUUUGUAUAGAAGGUCCACACACUUUUUUUGUUUCCCAGAAAGCAAUGUUGGGGUUGACAAAUCUAAAUGACCAGUUACCACAUGACAUCGGAAGGCACAACACUUUAAAUUCCAAAAGUAGUGGUCAAUUCAGAUGAACACAAUGUAGAGGAGAAGGGAACACUGAAUAGUUUUAAUCUCCACAUCAGUCAUUAAAUUACUUCUGUUUUGUGUAAACAACCCGGGAGAAAUUUUAAAUAAACCCCACUUAGUCUUCAGCUAUUUGGCAGCAUUGAGUACUUGCUGUAGUUUAUUUUUAAGAUAUGAAAGUGGAAGGAGAAUGUGGGCUUUGUUCCCUGGUCAGUACUGUGCAAUUUUGCAACAUGUUAAAUUGCUUAGGAAGUGAAACCUUUUUUUUAAAAGAAAAAAGAUUUUUCUGUCCUGAGGUUAUCAAUUGUAAAAUAUGAAUGGACAAAGCAAUAUCUGUGCUGGUCCAACCUUCUGAAGUUUGAGAACUGUUACAAGCAAGGGUAUACUUUUGUUGGUGAACAUUCAUUCAAUAACUUGUUCAACCGCCUCAAGUGAAUCAAAUUUAGGUUUGCUGUGUGCUGCUUAAUUCUAGGAAGCACCUGCACUGUGCCUCCAUGUUGUCACUUCACCUCAGUCGGAGUGACUGAUAAUGGUUGAUAUAUUUUCCGUGGAGUUAUUUAGACAAUUUUUGAUGGUACAGAUGAAGUAGAAAUGAGAAACUUACUCUAUGGAGUCACCUUGUGGACACAGCCUGCAACUGCACUGCAAUAGUUGAACAAAGUUCAAUGGGCAAUGUUGACACAGCAGCUUUGCAUGAAGUUUUGCAGAAAGAAGUUAGCAAACUAUUUUGACAAUAAAGUUUGAGGAUAGGGAGCAGAUCCCGCACAUAAGACUUGCUGAAUGAAGGAAGGAUCACUGGACUCAAAACAUUAACUUUGCUUUCUCUCCUUAAGGGUUGAGAAGAGGUUGGAAAAACUCAUUGUUUUCACCGGAAGGGAGGAGACUGGGGUGUGGGGGAUAACUCGAUAGAAGUCUACAAAAGUACGAGAGGCAUGGAUAAGAUGGAUUAUCAGCGGCUUUUUCCCAGGGUAGAAAGGUCAACUACAAGAGGGCACAGGUUCAAUUGAGAGAGGGAAGGUUUAGGGGAAAAUUUUUCGGAGGUAAUGCACUGCGAGCAGAGCUAAUGGAAGUAGUCACAUUACCAACAUUUAAGUAUCUUUAUAGACAUGUGAACGGGAGGCAAACAAAGGUGUAGAAACCACUUAUGGACUGUAAGCAGUGCAUCUAAAUAAAGACUAGGGACUAUUGUAGACUUGAUGGGCCAAAGGACUUGUUCCUGUGAUGUAUUGUAUUAGAUUAGAUUCCCUACAAUGUGGAAACAGGCCCUUCGGCCCAACAAGUCAACACUGACCCUCUGAAGAAUAACCCACCCAGACCCAUUUCCCUCUGACUAACCCACCUAAUACUAUGGGUAAUUUAGCAUGGCCAAUUCACCUGACCGACACAUCUUUGGGAGGAAACCGAAGCACCCAGAGGAAACCAACGCAGACACGGGGAGAACGUGCAAACUCCACAUAGUCACCCAAGGAAUGAUCUGCCAGACUUAGUCAUACAGCAUGAAAACAGACCCUUCGGCCCAACCAUACUGACUAUAAUUCCAACUAAACUAAUCCCCCCCCCCAUCCCUGCACUUGGCCCAUAUUCCUCCAAACAAUUCUUAUUCACGUACUUGUCCAAAAGUCUCUGAAACCUUGUAACUGUACCCAAAUUCACCACUUCCUCUGAAAGUUGACUCCACGUGAACCACUUUGCAUAUUUAAAAAAAAAGCCUCCCAUGUCUUUUGAAUCUUUCUCCUCCCACCUUAAAAUAUGCCUUCCAGUCUUGAAAUCCCUCACCUUAGGGAAAAGGCACCUGCCGUUCCCCUUAUCUAUACCCCUCGUGAUUUAUAAAUCUUUGUAAGGUCACUUAGUGAGUUUGAGUUUGCCCAGCAGUUUGUUUUGGAAGGAGUUUGUAGAAUUGGUCCUAUUCAUCAUUUGGGCUUUUCUGAUUGAAUUGUUGUGUUGCAAUAAACUAACUGAUUGGGCAAAUGUCCCCCUUAACUACAGGAAACUAGGGUCCACUUUUGAUUAAAGGCUAUACAAAAUUUAAAGGUCCUGAAAAGACUCUCUUAUUUCAAUGUAAUUUAAACAUGGUUCAUAAAAAUGCUGUUUCAGUUAAUACUUGUCACAAUAGGCCAUGAAGUGACUUAGGCUGAGGAGUUAUAGAGGUUUAUAAAAUCAUGAGGGACAUGGAUAGCGUGAAUAGCUAAGGUCUUAUUCUCAGGGUAAGGGAGUCCAAAGCCAAAGGGUACAGAUUUGAAGUGAAAUGCGAAAGAUUUAAAACUGAAGUACAGGGCAACUUUAUCUCACACACAGGGUGAUGUGUAUGUAUGGGACAAGCUGCCAGAGGAAGUGAUGGAGGCUGGUACAAUCGCAACAUUUAAAAGGCAUCUGGAUGGGUAUAUGAAUAAGAAGGGUUGAGAGGGAUAUAGGCCAAGCGCUGACAGGCGGGACCAGAUUAAUAUAGGAUAUCUGAUCAGGUGCGCAUGAGUUGGACUGAAGUGUCCAUUUUACACGCUGUCUUAUUCUGACUCUAAUAACAUUUUCCUGUAUACGAGUUGAUUUUAUUUAAGUUAAGCUCUUCUUAGUUGAAAAAGCCUUUCCUGCAAGGGGUCAGAACACCAAGAAACCACCGGAUAUUUUAAUCUCAGAUGAUAUUCCCACGGUGUUACCGAGUUAUGUGCUGGUUUCACUUGAGACAUUAAAGUCCUGCGUACCUUCUCGGGUGAAUGUGGGAGAGGAUUAGUGUUCUUUGAAAGUUCUCUGCAUGAGGUAAUGGUUUUGAAAGGGUUCAUGUUGAAGACAGCAUUGAGCUCCAGCAAAUCCCAUGAGGUCAUACAAUCUUGGAUGGCAUAAAGAGGAAUGGAGCUGAAAAUCAUGUUUGAAGAUGUUGAAGUGUUGUCAUUAUCGCAUCAGACUCAAUAUUACCUGUUACACUCUCCACAGAUGUUGUUUCUCACUAUUUCUGAUUUCUGCAAUAAUUUGCUUUUAGUUUUGUUAUAAGUACUGAUUGACUAGUUAGUCUUUAAUUGUCUAUGUAACUUGCACCUAUUGCUAUCAUGUCAUAAACUACACCAUGUUACUAAGACAAGUGCCUCUUCUUAAGACUCACUCAUGUUUCAAUCUCUAACAUUGUUAGCCGACAGACUUUUAAAUGCAAUAUAGAAAGGUUUUUGUCUACCUUUUUUAUAAGUUUCCGUUAAUUAGGUUACAUUUUUAUUAUAGUGCUCUCAUCGAGGGCUAUCAAAAUAAUUUUGCUUUCAAAAGAGUAGAAAUGUGGAUUGGGGAUAUUGUGACACAAGGCAGAAGUGUGGACUGCAGAUGCUGGAAAUCACUCUAGAUUAGAGUGGUGUCGAAAAAGCACAGCAGGUCAGGCAGCAUCCGAGGAGCAGGAAAAUCAGUGUUUUGGGCAAAAGUCCUUCAUCAGGAAUGAACUUCAUUCCUGAUGAAGGGGUUCUGCCCGAAACGUCGGGUUUUUUUUCCCUGCUCCUCGGAUACUGCCUGACCUGCUGUGUUUUUCCAGCACCGCUCUAAUCUAGAUAUUGUGAUACAGUAUAGUGUCCCUAUCUCUGGGGCCAGGAGGUCAAUGUUCAAGUCCCACCUUUCCUAGACACGUCAUAACAUGUCUGAAUGGUGGAAUAAAAUUCCCUAGAAAGCUGGAUUGAGUCCCCCAUCAAGAGUUGUCUAAACGUUUAUUAGUAUUUUAAGAGUAGGAAGAUGGAUUGCAUCAUCAACUCUGGGAAUAAUACUUCAGUAUUAGUUUGAUAAACUUCUGUAAAUGUUUUGAUUUUUGUCAGUGCUCCAUUAGGGACUGUUAGGAAUGUAAUUGGUUUAUAUUAAGAGUAGAAAAAGGAAAAGAUGAUAGCUUGCAACCCAAACCAUUAGCUGAUAGUGAUUAGUUCCUCAAUGUAUACAACAUUCUGGUAGCUCUUUAUCCCUCACUCAUAUAAAUUAUCUAAUCAUUAUUUCAUGAUGUUUGGGCAAACUUGCUGAAUACAAAUUAAUUUGUGAGAAUUUCCUCCAACAGUAUCAACACAAAGUACUUCACUAGUUGUAAGGCAUUUUUAUAGCAUUUGGAAAGCCAACAUAUUAAGCUUAGCUCGUACUCUUCUAGACUUUGUAACCUUUAACUUGCAGCAAAACAUUUACUUUGUGUGUUACAUUUUUACAGGAGAUGAGGGAGUCAUGGCCUAACCAUGAUAUUGUACAUACUUUAAUGGAAUAAAAUAAAAUUAAUCAAUGGCAAA